GCGAUGGAGCGCGACGGCUGUGCGGGGGGCGGGAGCCGCGGCGAGGGAGGCCAGGGCCGCCGGGUGGGCCCGGCGGGCAACGGCCGCGACGCGAGCGGCGGCCCGGGUGCCCAGGCGCCCGGGGACCCGCAGGCGGCCGCGUCUUUGCUGGCCCCCAUGGACCUGGGGGAGGAGCCGCCGGAAAAAGCGGCGCGCGCCCGCCCCGCCAAGGACCCCAACACCUAUAAAGUGCUCUCGCUGGUAUUGUCAGUCUGUGUGCUAACAACAAUCCUCGGUUGUAUAUUUGGGUUGAAACCAAGCUGUGCCAAAGAAGUUAAAAGUUGCAAAGGUCGCUGUUUCGAAAGAACAUUUGGGAACUGUCGCUGUGAUGUUGCUUGCGUUGAACUUGGAAACUGCUGUCUUGAUUACCAGGAGACAUGCAUAGAACCAGAGCGCAUAUGGACUUGCAGCAAAUUCAGGUGUGGUGAGAAAAGGUUGCCCAGAAGCCUCUGCGCCUGUUCAGACGACUGCAGGGACCACGGUGACUGCUGCAUCAACUACAGCCCCGUGUGUCGAGGUGAGAAAAGUUGGGUAGAAGAAUCCUGUGAGAGUAUUAAUGAGCCACAGUGCCCAGCAGGGUUUGAAACACCUCCUACCCUCUUAUUUUCUUUGGAUGGUUUCAGGGCAGAAUAUUUACACACUUGGGGUGGACUUCUUCCUGUUAUUAGCAGACUAAAAAACUGUGGAGCAUAUGCUAAAAACAUGAGACCAGUGUACCCCACAAAAACUUUCCCCAAUCACUACAGCAUUGUCACAGGUCUUUAUCCAGAAUCCCAUGGCAUAAUUGACAAUAAAAUGUAUGAUCCAAAAAUGAAUGCUUCCUUUGCCCUUAAAAGUAAAGAGAAAUUUAAUCCUGAGUGGUACAAAGGAGAACCAAUUUGGCUCACAGCUAGAUAUCAAGGUCUGAAGACUGGCACGUAUUUUUGGCCAGGCUCAGAUGUGGAAAUUAAAGGGAUGUUCCCAGACAUCUAUAACAUAUAUAAUGGUUCAGUACCAUUUGAAGAAAGAAUUUUAGCUGUUCUUAAAUGGCUACAGCUUCCGAAGGAUGAAAGACCACACUUUUACACUCUGUAUUUAGAAGAACCAGAUUCUUCAGGUCAUGCCUAUGGACCAGUCAGCAGUGAAGUAAUCAAAGCAUUGCAGAGGGUUGACAACAUGGUUGGCAUGCUGAUGGAUGGUCUAAAAGAGCUGAAUUUGCAUCGAUGUCUGAACCUCAUCCUCAUUUCAGAUCAUGGCAUGGAACAAGGCAGCUGUAAGAAAUAUAUAUACCUGAAUAAAUAUCUGGGGGAUGUUAAAAAUAUUAAAGUUGUAUAUGGACCUGCAGCUCGACUGAGACCCACUGAUGUUCCAGACAAAUACUAUUCAUUUAAUUAUGAAGGCAUUGCCAGAAAUCUUUCUUGCCGGGAGCCAAACCAGCACUUCAAACCUUACCUAAAGCAGUUCUUACCCAAACGAUUGCAUUUUGCUAUAAGUGAUAGGAUUGAGCCCUUGACAUUCUAUUUGGACCCUCAGUGGCAACUUGCAUUGAAUCCUUCAGAAAGGAAAUACUGUGGAAGUGGAUUUCACGGCUCUGACAACAUAUUUUCAAGUAUGCAAGCUCUCUUUAUUGGCUAUGGACCUGGAUUCAAGCAUGGCAUUGAAGUUGAUUCCUUUGAAAAUAUCGAAGUCUAUAACUUAAUGUGUGAUUUACUGAAUUUGACACCUGCUCCUAAUAAUGGAACUCAUGGAAGUCUUAACCACCUUCUCAAGAAUCCCAUUUACACCCCGAAGCACCCCAAAGAAGCUCGGCCUCUGGUACAGUGCCCCGUCACAAGGACCCCCAGAGAGAACCUCGGCUGCUCCUGUGACCCCUCGAUUUUUCAAGUCAUGGACUUUAAGACACAAUUGAAUCUGACUGUGACAGAAGAGAAGGUUGUUAAGCGCAGCACUUUACCCUAUGGGAGACCCAGAGUUCUCCAGAAGAACAGCACUGUCUGUCUCCUCUACCAGCACUGGUUUGUGAGUGGCUACCGCUCCAACAUCCACAUGCCCCUCUGGACCUCCUACACUGUGGACAGAAAUGAUAGUUUCUCCAGAGAAGACUUUUUCAAUUGCCUUUAUGAGGAUCCGCGGGUUUCCUUUAGUCCUGUCCAUAAGUGUUCAUUUUAUAAAAACAACGCAAAAAUAAGUUAUGGGUUCCUCUCCCCACCACAACUAACUAAAGGUUCCAGUAAAAUGUAUUCUGAAGCAUUGCUCACUACUAAUAUAGUGCCAAUGUACCAGAGUUUUCAAGCGAUAUGGCGCUACGUCCAUGCCACCCUGCUGCCAAGGUACGCCGAGGAAAGAAAUGGCAUCAACGUUGUCAGCGGUCCCGUGUUUGAUUCGGACUACGAUGGGCAUUAUGAUGCCUUGGAGACUGUGAAGCAAAACAGCAGACUCAUCCGUAGUCAAGAACUUCUGAUCCCAACCCACUUCUUCAUUGUGCUAACAAGUUGUAAAAAUACAACCCAGACUCCAACACAGUGUGACAGUUUAGAUGCCUUAGCCUUCCUUUUGCCUCACAGGACUGAUUACAGUGAGAGUUGCGUGCACGAGCAGCAGGAGUCAUUGUGGGUUGAGGAGCUGGUGAAAUUACACACAGCUCGGAUCACGGAUGUGGAGCACAUCACUGGACUCAGCUUCUAUCAAGAAAGAAAAGAGCCAAUUUCAGACAUUUUAAAGUUGAAAACUCGUUUGCCAACAUUUAACCAAGAAGACUGAUUUUUUUUUUAUUCUAAAAAACUCGCCAUAAAUCUUGUUGAAAGAACCCUGUAUUUCACACAGUCCUCCUUCACAUUCUCAUAUUGUUUGGAAUUGCCAACCAGAGCUAGAACUGGGAUAUGACCAUCUCAGAGAAGCGGCGGCCUCAGCUUGGCAGUUGGGAAGUGUUCCUCCCGAGUCUCGCACACGUUUGGACGUGUAAGAGUUGUUCACAUUUGGGAAUAAAGACAGACCGAGCCUAAAACUGCUCUUCUACUUCUCUUAAAGGCAGAAGUAGCCUGUGAACAUUGUCUGGACUCCAGAUAUUUGAACCUUCUUACCAUGAAUAAACUUCUGAGGAACUGGCAGUGCCAGACUCAUGAAUAGAAUUGGAAUAGUCCAGGUUACAUUGCUAUCAUCACAAGAAUUUCAAGGCGAUCCUUGAUUCUUUUAAAAGCAAUUUUGAAAUUUCAUUUAUUGUAGUUUUAAUUUUAAAAAAAUUAAUGUAAAAUAUUUCUCAAAAACCAAAAUACAUUAUCUUGUGGGUUUUUAAAAAAAAUUAUGAUUGGGUUUCUUCAGAUUUAAUGGCUUUAACAAGUUAAAAUUUGAGGGCAGAUCUGUGCAUUGAAUAUAUUGUUCUGUUAUAAAAUUUUACUCCACAUUUGUACCGAAAAAGAAAAAUAUCCCUAUUCUGUUCACUGAUAAUUAAUGAGGGUUGAAAAUAGCUCUAAAAGUGGUUCUUUUACAUUGUUAAAAAUGUCUUAUUUUGAUGACACUUCAGAGGACUUGUCAACACCUGCUAGUUGGAAUUUUUCAUGGGGAUGGUAGGGAUGUUUUCCUCUGAGCACAAAAAUGAGCCCACCAGCAGCAGAGCUGUAUCGUGCUGAGCCGUUCAAUUUGAAGUUCCAUAGAUUUAAAGAGAACGUGUUGCCACCACCGUGUAUCUACUUGGUGGUCAUGAUGAAUGAACUUGAUUUCUCCAUGGCAUAGACUCUAUUCUUUAGUGACAACCUGUGACCCUUCAAAGGCUUCAUUCACUUUUAGGCUACCUGGUUCUAAUUUAGGUGUUCUAUUAGUGCACCUAAUAGAUUAGUUCUAUUAGUUCACUGAGAUUUGUAUUUGUCUUUCAGAUGAUACUUAUUCUUCAAGAGUGUUGGGGCCACAGAGACCUUUAGAUAAUAUAAUUUGCAUUUAACAUUAUUUAAUAAUUUAGAAAGUUUCAUUGGUUCUUGUUUUAAUACCACAGAUCUCUAAAGCUCUAUAUGUUAUUAUUGCUUUAAUGUUUACUUUUUCUCUGUUCAAACAAUUUCUGUUGGGUAAUUUCUGUUGUUCUGUCUUCAAGUUCACUGGUUCUUUUCUCUGUCUAGUCCAUUACACUCUUAAGCUCAUCCAUUGUUUUUAAUAUUUCAGUUAUGGUUUUAUUAUUUCUAAAAUUUCCACUUGAUUUUUAUUUCCAUCUUUUUCUUUGCUGAAAAUGUUUAUCUCUUUGCUGAGACUUCCUAUUUUUUCAUUUGGUUUAGGAAUGUGUGCAAAUGCUCACUGAAGCAUUUUUAUCAUGGCUGCUAUAAAAUCCUUGUCAGAUAAUUCUGACAUCUGUGUCAUCUUUAUGUUGGCAUCUGUUGUCUUUUUUCAUUCAAAAAGAUUGUUCUGUUUUUCAGUGUGAUGAGUGAUCUUCAACUGAAACCUGGGUAUUUUAGUAUUAUGUUAUUAUAACUAUGGGUCUUAUUCAACUCUUCCAUUUUAGCUGAGUUUCUCUAAUACCCUAGCAGGAGAAUUGGGGGUCACUGCCUCAUUAUUGGUGGGUGUGUUUCCUACUCAGCCUCCAAUGAUGCUUGGGGUGAGAGGGGGCCCUCAUUGCUAUUGGAAGUGGUGGGAAUUCAGCUCCCAACUUUGCCUCCAUUGAUGCCUCCCUGGCUGGGAUGUGCAGGGCACCCUGCAGUGCCGCACAUGGUCUCUGACACUGUGGACAGGGGAAGCUUUAUUGUCAGCAGGUUGGAAUGAAAUGACCAGUUCUUACUCAGCCUUCUCUAACUCCGCCCUGGCGGGAGACUUUAGGAACCUGUUCACAGCCUGACAAGGGUGGAAGUCUAGGCUUCCCACGCUGUCUUUGCUGGAAUGGGUGGGGUCAUGGUCUGUUCUGUAGUGUUUGGCUGAAGUGGAGUAGUUACUGUUUUUUUUUCCUUGCUAGGCUGUUCUUCUGUUCCUUUGGCUAGAGAGAAUGAGAGAGAGAGAGAAUGAGAGAGAGAGAGAGAGAGAGAGAGCAGGCCUUUUUAUAGGGCUUCUUUUUGUCUGUACUCAGCAUUUCCAGUUUGCUGACUUUGUCACUUCCAAGUCCGGGAUAUAUGAUCUAACAAGAAAACUCGGAAACUCACCACAGUAUUUUUUUUACUUGGGCCCCAAGUACUCUAGCCUGUCUGUCUUUCCUCCACUUUCACAAUUUUCCCGUUUGUUUUCUAUAACCAAUCUUUUUAGCUGUACUUGAAGAAAGAUAUCUAUUUCUUCAUAGGAGUGUCUCACUGAUUUUUAUUCUUCCAAACACAUGCAGGGGAAUUGGGGGACACACACGACUGCCUCUACAUGAAGCUUCUUGGAAGAUCUCAAUUACAUGGAUAGAUGCCUCUCACCUUUGCUGGACACCAGGAAUACAAAGCAAAACAAGUUAGCAUUCUUACAGUCUUGGAGAGAGAAAAGAGGCAGCAGAAGGGUAAAUGAUCCCUAAAAGGUGAUAAAUGUAUGAUGCAGCCAUGGGUGAGAGCCAGGGAGCCCAAAGGAGGCACUGGGCGCUGCUUGGCAGUCUUGGCUGUGGCUUCCUGGAGGUGGAGACAUGGGGGCAGGGACUUGGAGGAUGGGCUGAAGCUCUCCAUGUGAAUGGGUGAGGAAAGAGCAUUGCAGCCUCCCUCGGAUGGACGUAUUUUUGACAUUUUGCCAUUUACUGCUACUUCUGAUAUUUUCUACAAUUACCACUAUGACCAGUUUAUAAUAUACAACUAUUUCAUUUUUCUUGCUUUGUUACAAUAAUCCCCCAUUCUUAAAGGAAAUGUCAGACUAUAAAUUCUGUGCUGACUCUAAAGGAAACGACGCCCCUGUUUCUACUCAGCCUUUUUUUCCAGUUGUUCUUACACAGUAUUUGUUUUUCUUUUCCUGUCUUGAAAGAGAUCCCUUCUUUCACUAUUUCAUCAGUUUAAAGUGUGUGAGCAGUCACCACUUCCUCAGAGUGGAUGAUGAGUUCCAUAUCCAUAUGUGGAAACUCCUUCUCAUACCUUCUAAAAUAAAAGCUAUUCUUUGCUUCUCAAAUGCUGAGCAAAACCUUUAUUUAGCCCUAGUUUUACUGCCACGCCUCUGGUCAGUAUUUCUUAAAUGACAUAGUAGUCAGUGUACACAUGGCCGGCAAAUACCCAGGUGGAACUUAAAAAUACUUUCAAAUAUCAGAGAGAAGAGGGCAGACCUUUGGGGGAAGAGAGAAAACGUGCAGGUUCCAGGGGGUAAGUAGACACACGGGGGACUGUUAGGCCAGUUGGCCUCGUCCCGUUUAAGCAGCUGAGACAGCUGAGCCACCUCUUCCUGCAGGAGAGGCUGUGACCCCUUGACAUUUUUCUGUCCUUAGCUGCGAUAAGUGUCCUGCCCUGCUCUGUGAGUACAGGCUUAUCUAUAACAGCAAAUGGCAUGUGAACUUUGAGACCAAAUAUGAAGGUUACACUUCCUGCUGAAGCCUAUCGCUGGACUUUGGGGUAUGGGUGCUUUCAUGAGCAUUAAGUAAAAUUUUAGCAUGGCUACAGUCCAAGGGUAUUCUCCCUGGAUUUUGGCCUGAGUAUUGUAAGGUAGAAAAAAAUCUAUAGAAUAUAAGAGCCUCUAAGAGCCUCUAAGCUAAGAGAAAGCAGAUGCACCAAUAUGAGUUGUGCAUACAGAAGCUUGGCUGCUUUCCCUGUGUGUGCGUGUGUGUGUGUGUGUGUGUGUGUGUGUGUGUGAAAGGGGGAGGGCAGAGGAGGUGGUCAUGGUUCUCCAGGGACUGAUCCUGAGUGAGACUGUUGUGGACAAUAAACUGCAGCUAUAUUGUUUGAAGGAGAAAAAAGAGCCCAAGUUCAUUACAGGUUCACAGAGUAAACAUCCACUUCUGAUCUGUGACCUAUAUUCUUGUUGGAUAAUUUAAUUACAUUGAAUCAUACUUCCAGGUAAAAACAAGCAACAGACAUAUAUAAAUAGCCUUCCAGUAUUUAGAAUGGUCUGAAACCAGAGGAAAAGUCUCCAACAUGUACCUUCCAUAGAUUUUUUUUCCAACAUGAAAUUUUUGCAUCUAUUCUCUCUAUUGUACGUAAAUAGCAAUUAAAGAAAAGAUAAUGUUUACUAGAAAUUAUAUCCACCCCAGAAACCAUAGAUGCAUAGAGUGUGUUUUAGCCUACUAGAAAUAAAAGAAUUGCUGGAACAGGUUGUAUAUCUAUGGGAUGCUAAAAGGGAGAGACAACAUUUUUUUAAAAGCCCCUUUCAUCCCACCAGAGGCUGUUGAUUUAUAUUUAACUCCAUACUAGCCCAUUGGGGAUGAAAACGUGUAUGUUUAAAUUCAGUGACUGAAAGCAACAUCACAGGAUGAUCUGAACAUAAAUUUGCAACUGGAAAGGUCCUGGUGGGCAGUCACAUUCUGGGCCUAUAAUUUGUUUAGUAAAUGUUUUUUAAGCCAGCCCUGUCCAUUGUCCUUGUGCAAAGGGUUUACUCCUUUUAAAUGCUGGAAAUCCUCCUUCCCAGACCCCUUGAAGGUGUAACCACCCUCACUAGGAGCACCUAACCUUGUUUACUUCUUUAGUGAAAGAAUUUAGACCAGCCUGUCCAUUGUCCUAAUGCACCUAAAUUAACAUGUCUCUGAAAUACCAGAAGUAAUAGCCCUCAAAGGGAGUAUUAACCUCCAAGAGAACACAUAUCUUAAGUAUCCUGUAAUCCGAUCCCCACAUUGCUCCCUCCCACCUUCAUGUAGUCCGCUCCCUCCUUAAUUUUAAAUGCAUAGAAGAAGCUGCAAACCUGCUGUUCUCCAGAGCAUUUGACAUCUUGCUCCCCAGCUUAUGGCAUCGGUUUGGCUCAAACAAAUUCAUAAAAUUCUCUCCAGGGUUGGACAUUUCUUAUGCCAACAGUGCCCAGACACCUGAUGCAAGAUCCAAGUAGAGCACUUGCUAAUGGCUGUCUGACACUGUAAAAGGAAAGAGUAAUUUCAGGAUGUUGGGUUAUUGGUUCCACGUGGGACUUCCAUGGACCUGGCAAGAUUGUAUCCUAAAGAGAACACAUUACCACAAACCUCACAAGGAAAUUGAGAAAUUCCAAGAAGCUGCACUACCUUAAACAUUCACCAGCCUGUGUUCUGUUAAACUUGCUGGAUUGUAUCCUUUAAAACUUUAUUUCCCCAAACUGUAACUGAUGUCAAGACAGCUGUUUGACAAGGAUUACAAUUCAAUAUUGUGGGAUUUUCCCCCUAGUGGUUGUAACUCUCAUUUGGCGUUUAGCAUAUUUCUUAAACCAAUACAUUCCUUUUCACGUAUCUGUUGCCUUUGUCUCCUAAAUUACCUGCCAUUAAUAACAGAAACACAGUGUCAGGUACAUAGUACUUGCUCAGUUCAAAAAACAAAGUUCAGAUGAAUAAAAAUCAAUGAGACGGAAAACAUUCAUUGAAAAUAACUAAGUGAUCGCAGGUCACAGACACCAACUAAAGCAAUCACAUAGAAAUGAAUUGUUUCUCACAUUCUUAGUUUUUAAGUGCAAGGUAGUAUUUUUCAAUGGGAUAUUUUUUUUAAAUGGAGUUCACUUAGAUAUUUUCCUAGUGCCCAGGCAGAAUUUUAAAAAACAGUAAACAGAGAUCAAGUAAUGCCGAUCAAGGGCCGUUCACAGUUGUUACAUUGACUGCAUCCUGUGGAAAGUAUGAUGCCUAAUGAACGGCGCAGGAAAAUGAACUGAGCUAUUAAGAGCGUGAGCAUCUCAGAUGAAACCUCCCUGCAAAGCACAUAGUGUUUCUCCGGCAACAAGCCGCUGCCGCCGCUGUAAACACCCCCUGGCAGCGCGGGAGGCGCGCGAGAGCAUCUAUCUCAGGUCUCACCUUCAGCAACCCCAGGUUCCACCUUCAGCAGUGAGGAAAAGCAAUCAGCCUGGAAGGGAAAUAAGCAGGGGGUAUAACAACCACACUGGAGCACCCAAAACAAACAGAUUUCAGGCAACUUGGCUUCACCAAAGAGGAGAAAAAUUUCUCCCAUCCCCUUUCUUGUCUUCGAAAUUCAAGGCAAUGGAGUCUAGCAUUGGUGGAGUGUGAACAAAGAAGUGUUCGAGGUGAGGGAAAUCAUUCUAUCCACUAGGUGUCUGAUAAAUAAACUCAAAUUUUCAUGUACAUAAUGAGUCAGUAAAUAUUGUGGUAUCAAAGAUCUCUGAAACUAAACCAAAUGUGAUGAUAAUUACGAUAAUAGCUAAUCUUCACUAGCACUUUAUUUUGUCCCAGACAUAAUGUUAAAUGAUUUGUACACAGUACAUAUUUUCUCAACCAUUCUGUAAUGUGAACAUACUAAUCUGUAACCCUGAUUAAUGGGUUAUCCCUUAUAGGGAUUGGAACCCAGGGCUUGGCAAAGCUGGAAACAGUAUAUCAUGUUACCUCCUUAAAAAGCACACUAAAAAUGUUUAAGUUCAUCUAGUUGUACUCCAUCAGUAGUUGAAUUCUAAACCAGCACUUGACAUAAAUGUAUUAAUAGUGUAUUAAAAGCAUGAAAUAUCAUUAAUAAAAAAGAGCAUAAAACAUGCCCUGGCCGGUGAAGCUCAGUUUAUUGGAGCAUCAUUAUCCAUAAACAAAAAAGUCUGGGUUUCAAUUCCGGGUCAGGGCACAUGUCAGGGUUGUGUGUUCAGACCCCAGCAGGGACAGCUUAGAGGAAGCAACUGAUGGAUGUUUCUCACAUCGAUGUUUUUCUCUGUCUCUGUCUCUUUUUCUUUCUCCCCUUGUCUUUCUCUUUGGAAUCGAUGAAUAUCUCCUCGAAUGAGGAUUAAAAAAAAAAUAAAAAGAGUACAAAACACAAAACUGAAAAAUGUUAACUCAGUUGAAAAGGGGACAAAAGUUUGGAUUAAGACAUUCAUAGGAAAGAAAUGCAAAGAGCAAACAAGUAUAUAAAAAUGUUUUAGCUCAUUAACUAAAUUGCAGGCACGCUGAUGACAUUUUGCUCCUCACUGUAUGGGAAACAGUUAAAAGAGGCAGAUCCCAGAUCUCCAGCGUCACGAAGUUGAUAGGCGGUCGUGCCUGGGGGCUGGGGGCACAAGGUGCCACGAAGUAUCGAAGCCAAUUUGAUAAUCGCGUUCUGUAGGUCUCAGUGUUCAUAUACCAUGACUCACAUUUCAGUUCCUCAAAUUUAUUGUGAAGAAGCCAUUUUACAAAGUGGGAAGGUACACAGUGAUGCUCGAUCUACGUGGUUGAUGCUUAUUGGAGAAACGAG